ACGUACCUGUGAUCCGCCUCCCGGAAAGAGAUCCUGCGGCGGACCAUGGCGACCAAGGCGGAACAGUGGGUACUGGUGGAGAUGGUACAGGCGCUCUACGAGGCUCCUGCUUACCAUCUUAUUUUAGAAGGAAUUCUAAUACUGUGGAUAAUCCGACUUCUUUUCUCUAAAACUUACAAGUUACAAGAACGAUCUGAUCUUACACUCAAGGAAAAGGAAGAAUUGAUUGAUGAGUGGCAGCCAGAACCCCUGGUUCCUCCUGUCUCCAAAGAUCAUCCUGCUCUCAACUACAACAUCGUUUCAGGCCCUCCAAGCCACAAGAUUGUGGUGAAUGGGAAAGAAUGUAUAAACUUUGCCUCCUUUAAUUUUCUUGGAUUGUUGGAUAACCCUCGGGUUAAGGCAGCAGCUUUAGCGUCUCUAAAGAAGUAUGGUGUGGGGACCUGUGGACCUAGAGGUUUUUAUGGGACAUUUGAUGUUCAUUUGGAUUUGGAAGAGCGCCUGGCAAAAUUUAUGAAGACUGAAGAAGCUAUUAUAUACUCAUAUGGCUUUUCCACCAUAGCCAGUGCAAUUCCUGCUUACUCUAAAAGAGGGGACAUCAUAUUUGUAGAUAGAGCAGCUUGCUUUGCUAUUCAGAAAGGAUUACAGGCCUCACGUAGUGACAUUAAGUUAUUUAAUCAUAAUGAUGUGGCUGACCUGGAGCGACUACUAAAGGAACAAGAAAUCGAAGAUCAAAAGAAUCCUCGCAAAGCUCGUGUGACUCGACGAUUCAUCGUAGUAGAAGGAUUGUAUAUGAAUACCGGAAGUAUUUGUCCCCUUCCAGAGUUGGUUAAGUUAAAAUACAAAUACAAGGCAAGAAUCUUUCUGGAGGAAAGCCUUUCCUUUGGCGUUCUUGGGGAGCAUGGCCGAGGCGUCACUGAACACUAUGGAAUCAGUAUUGAUGACAUUGAUCUUAUCAGUGCCAACAUGGAGAACUCACUUGCAUCCAUAGGCGGUUUCUGUUGUGGCAGGUCUUUUGUAAUUGACCACCAGCGACUCUCUGGCCAGGGGUACUGCUUUUCAGCAUCUUUACCUCCCCUAUUAGCUGCUGCUGCCAUAGAGGCCCUCAACAUCAUGGAAGAGAAUCCAGAUAUUUUUGCACUAUUAAAGAAAAAGUGCCAACAGAUUCACAAAGCUUUACAAGGCAUUUCAGGAUUGAAAGUGGUGGGGGAGUCCUUUUCACCAGCAUUUCAUCUACAACUGGAAGACAGCACUGGGUAUCGAGAAAAAGAUGUAAAAUUGCUUCAGGAAAUCAUAAGUCAGUGCAUGGACAAAAGUAUUGCUUUAACUCAAGCAUGCUACUUGGAGAAAGAAGAAAAAUGGCUCCCUCCUCCAAGCAUCAGAGUUGUGGUCACCGUGGAACAGACAGAGGAAGAGCUGAAGAGAGCUGCAUCUACCAUCAAGGAGGUAGCACAGGCUGUCCUGCUGUAGGCUACAGUGGCCCCCACAAUGGACAUGCAGACAGGACUCCUCAGAUAAAUCAGGAGAACUCAGUGAUGUCUAGUGGGAUUGUUACCAAGCAGUGUGGAAAUAGAACAAAUGAGUGAGUGAGAAAAGAGUGGAUGUUCAUUAUUUUACAAGGAAACAUUUACAUACCUAGGAAUUGAUGUUUAAAGAAGACUAAUGACACCACUUACCAAAGUGUAUAAUUUCCUCUAUCUGGUAUUGUUUAAAUGUUUUAUCAUAGUACUGCUUUAUGUUAUUUUUGUUGACACUGAAGCUUUAAUUUCUCUUCUGUGGUAAUGAUUCGGUAAGCAUAACUUAAUAUGUCAUAAAAAUGGCUCUGUAGUAAUUAAUGCUAAGAAGAGCACUUUGUGAUAACAGUUUACUACUAAAGUGGUAAUUCCACCACAUCUUCCAUUCUGCAUUAUUUAAGGUGGCUGAUAUGCAAAGGAGCACUUUUAUGUAAUUAUAAAUUUCGUUAUAUUUGUACCCCAGAAUUUUAUAUACAGUGGAUACUGUUAUGAUACCAUUUCUAAUUUGAGCAUCCCUAACCAGAGUAUUUGUUCUAUUUCCCUUAAGUGAGCAAUAAUUCAAAUCAAUCACUGUUCUUAUUUUAAUACAAAUAUUGACCUUAACAUUUAUUAGGUGUUAACUUUUUAUUUAUUAUAUGAAGAGCGUUAUUGUGUUGAUCCAAAAAUAUAAUCAUGUCCUAGAUAUUUUUAAAUGUUUCAAAUAUUUUUUAAUAUAAUGUGUUUACUAGGAAGAAAAAAACUACAGCUUUCUGUUUAUGAGUGCCACAUAUCUAAAAGUGAUAUGAAAGCUUUAAAAAUAAAUGUUUAAGCUAUAGUGUAGCUGUUUUUUCUUUAGCAGACAAAGUUAAGUGUUACAAAGGUUUGUGAUUUGUCCAAAAAAUAGUACAUAAAUAUUAAUUUUAUCUUAUUUAAAAGGAAUCAAAUUGUAAAAACUAAUGUCACUUUUAUAAUCUGUUCAUAUUAACAAAUGGUCUUCUACAUCUUUUUAAAUGACACGUUUUUUUAAUGUUUACUUUCUAUUUUGCUUAAGGUAUUUUGUAGAGAUGUGCCUUGUGAUUACUGCUGCUUUAAAGGAUACAGUACUGUCUAGGGGAUGAAUCUGUUUUGUUUUUUAAUGAAAUAAACCUACAUUCCUGAUGAUCA